UCACGCACGCGCAGUACCCCUGGAUAGUCACGCCUCGAUCUUGACUGGCAUAACUUUCUAACAUGUCUUCUACACGGCCACCAACUAAAAGCGACCGAUUGCUCGACAUCCCAUGUCGUGUGUGUGGCGACCGCAGCUCCGGCAAACACUACGGCAUCUACAGCUGUGACGGCUGCUCCGGUUUCUUCAAACGCAGUAUACACAAGAACCGCGUGUACACCUGCAAGGCACAGGGCGAGAUGAAGGGCCUGUGCCCCAUAGACAAGACACACCGCAACCAGUGCAGAGCAUGCAGGCUAAACAAGUGUUUUGAUUCAGACAUGAACAAAGACGCGGUCCAGCAUGAACGUGGCCCGAGGAAACCCAAGAUGAAGUCCCCGGAAAUGUGUGUAUCCCUCCACAGUCAUUCUCAAGACCGGCCUAUAGAUCUGAGUCUCUCAAAUACGAACGCGUCUGCGGCCGUCAAGUUUGAUGUGGACUCAUUCCAUAAGUUCCGUAUCCGACCUGACCACCCCAUGGUUGUAAUGGGAUACGCUGGUGAACUUCCGCCCGAAAUGAUGCGCUUACACGCCCCUUCAGCGUUCACAUCACCUCCGCUGAUGACAUCAAUGAUGACCUUACAACAUGAUGUAUGGCAGGAGGUUAUGGCACGACUUCUUUUCACCAUAAUCAGCUGGGUCAAACAGAUUCCAGCUUUUCUCGUACUCUCCGACAAUGACCAGACAUCGUUGCUAACAGCUUGCUGGAAGGAAUUGUUUCUUUUGGGAAUUGUACAAUGGGGACUGCCGGUGGAUACAGUGAACAAGAUGGUGUGUAGACCCCGAUUGGAGGCUGAAGACCCAUGUACGAACAAUGAGAUGGAUAGACUAAAUGAGACAGUUGGGAAGUUUCGGGAGAUGAAUCUCGACUCCACUGAGUUCACGUGUCUUAAAGCCAUCGCUCUGUUCAAAUCAGACGCCCCUGCUUUGACGGACAGUAAGUCGGUGGAGGCGCUACAAGAUCAGGCCCAGCUCAUGUUGUCGGACCAUGCCCAACUCAACUACCCGAGACAGGUCGUCAGAUUCGGCCGUCUACUUAUGCUUUUGUCAAGGUUACAGGGUGUCAGUAACAUGACGCUAGAAACAGUCUUCUUCCGGGGCAUCGUUGGCAAUAUCAGUAUCGAGAAGCUUGUGGGAAACAUCCUACAUGGUGAGGUCGUGUAGAGGGUCGUGUGGCUUUUCAUUGAGAAGUUAUAUUGCAAGGCCUUGUUUGCAUAUAUUCUGUAAAAAACAGUAUCAUAUAAUCACAGUUUAUGCACUGAUUGAAAGCAACUGACUUGUGGUACAAAUGAUCAAGUGUCACAUGACUUGUAUGUUACCCGUUAGCUUCCACGCGAAGUCAAACUUUUGUUGGCAUAGUUUUUUAGCACCACCAACAGGGACAGUUGCAUAUUGCCAUAAACCCUAUCUGUUCCGAGGAGACACGAACACGGAUCUGACAAACUGCAUUGGUAGUAACAUAGGUAAGGAAAUAAGGAAUGGUACUGUUCUUCAACAAAGAUCAUUUGUGACAGUAACUACGAUCCUGAAUAUACAUAAUUUUGCAUAUUUCAUCCUUGUGUAAUUUGCCUCGGCUAGUAUUAAAUAUCAUGUUAAAGUUAGCUUAGUAAAUAAACAAGUUCUAGAGCAAGAGUCACUUCACAUAUUGUAUAUAGUAAUAUAAGGGUAACGCCAUUUUUCAGGGCAUUACCAUUUGCAGAAGCCCGAGGUCUUCCAUUA